GAAUCCAAGACAAAACAACUUUGACCUUCUUCAUCUCUCUCUUUGCAUUGUAGACCAAAUUUCUCUUUCUAAUGUCUCUUCCUUUCUUUUCUCUUCUCUCCACUAUCCACGCAUUUUCAGGGGAGCAGCUCUCAGAUAUAUAAUUCUUUUAUCCCUACAGUAGUGUUUGGUGAGGGAGAAACUGGUGAGAGGGAAAAAGGCUCUUUCUUUUAACUCCACUCCUAAAGAAAGGGGUUCAAAGUUCUGGUCUUUGAAACUAUAAGAUAUGAGCCUACUGUUUGAGUUGCAGUUGAUAGUAACUGGCUCGGCGAAUAGGUGGAACUGCUCAUCCAAGCUUGGGGCUAAUUAAUGGGUUUGUUUGAACUAAUCUAUGUAACAAGUUUACUUUGUUUUGAUGGCCUCAAAGUUUGGAGUCAGAUCAUCCCCUGAAAGGCUGAGAAAACCAACUGGUAGCCAAGCAGCUGGAGGAAAUUUUCCCAAGACUUCACCUCUAGAUGUUACAAAACCAAGCAAGCCAGAGCUAGUUAGCCCAAGGAAAGUACCUAAAAGCUUGCAGCAAGUUGUAUCAAAACAAGUUUCAACUGCAACAGCAGAGGAUGGGAGAUUGCUGAACCCUCAUAAAUCAAAGACUCUGGAUUCUUUAAUUGAUAAAGUAGACUCAAGUUUAUCCUUAGAUGAUCCAAAAGAAGUGUCAACCUGUGUUGCUUCAGUGGUGACCCAGAUUGGGAAUGGGAGCUUUUCAGAAGUUGUUGGCAAGGAAGAAAAGAAAAAAUCAGAACAUGGGGUUAGCCCAGCUUCAGCUAAAGUUAGUAAUGACACUAGCAGCCUUGAUAAGACCAGUGGAAAUGAAAAAAUAAAUGAUUGUCCAAGUAUUGUUCAGAGUGAAAAAAAUAGCAUUUAUAGAGGUAGCACAAGCAGUGAUGUCAGUGAUGAGAGCACUUGUAGCAGCUUUAGUAGCAGUAUCAACAAACCUCAUAAAGCAAAUGAUCUCCGUUGGGAAGCCAUACAGGCUGUUCGAGCAAAAGAUGGUUGCUUGGGUUUGAACCAUUUCAGACUGCUCAAGAGACUAGGCUGUGGGGAUAUUGGAAGUGUCUACCUUUCAGAAUUGAGUGGAGCAAAAUGUUAUUUUGCAAUGAAGGUUAUGGACAAAGCAUCACUAGCAAGUCGAAAGAAACUUCUUCGAGCUCAAACAGAGAGAGAAAUACUACAGUGUUUGGACCAUCCCUUCCUUCCGACAUUGUAUUCUCAUUUUGAGACUGAUAAAUUCUCAUGUUUGGUGAUGGAGUUCUGCCCUGGUGGUGACUUGCACACAUUACGGCAAAGACAACCAGGGAAGCAUUUUUCUGAACAAGCAGUGAAGUUCUAUGUAGCAGAGAUUCUCCUUGCUCUUGAAUAUCUCCACAUGCUUGGCAUUGUUUACCGUGAUCUCAAGCCAGAAAAUGUUCUUGUUAGGGAAGAUGGACAUAUAAUGCUCUCCGACUUUGAUCUUUCCCUCAGAUGUGCUGUCAGCCCAACUCUUGUCAAGUCAUCUACACUUGAGUCUGAAGUCUUACGAAAGAAUCCAGUGUAUUGUGUUCAGCCAUCUUGCAUUGAACCCUCCUGCAUCCAGCCAUCCUGUGUGGUUCCCACAACAUGUUUCUCUCCUCGCUUCUUUUCAAGCAAGUCUAAGAAAGACCGGAAACCCAAGAAUGAAAUGGGAAACCAAGUCAGCCCUUUGCCUGAGCUCAUUGCUGAGCCAACCAAUGCUCGGUCUAUGUCAUUUGUAGGAACCCAUGAGUAUUUGGCACCUGAAAUUAUAAAAGGUGAGGGCCAUGGCAGUGCUGUUGAUUGGUGGACUUUUGGAAUCUUUUUGUAUGAGCUGUUGUUUGGUAAGACUCCUUUUAAAGGUUCUGGAAACCGAGCAACCCUCUUCAAUGUGGUGGGACAACCAUUGAGAUUCCCAGAGGCUCCGAUGGUAAGUUUUUCCGCAAGGGACUUGAUAAGGGGCUUGCUGAUCAAAGAGCCACAGCAUAGGUUGGCAUAUAAGCGAGGAGCAACAGAGAUCAAACAACAUCCUUUCUUUGAAGGAGUGAACUGGGCUUUGAUUCGAUGUGCAAGUCCACCUGAGAUCCCAAAACCAGUUGAGAUCGAGCAGGUUCAUGCGUCGGCUUCAUCAGCUGGCAGUAAAGCUGCUGUUGCUACCACAGCUGCCAAUGAUAAUAACUAUCUUGAAUUUGAUUUCUUUUAAGCAUUCCUCAAAGUCCAUCUCUGGCCUGCUUUUCCUUUUCGGUUCCUUUUUCUUUUUCUUUUUUUUUUUUCUUAAUUUAUUUAAGGAAAUGUAGAGUUAUAUGAUUUGUGAUGAUGAUGUUCAAAUUAGGGUUAUUUUAGAAUGAUACUGAUCAUAUGCUUGAUUUUCUUCGAAAUUGGUAUUGCAUAAUGAAAAGACCAAGUUUGGUUUCAGGUUUUGACUCUUGUACUGUUCAUGAUCAUGAAAACUUAUGCAGGAAAUAAUGAGAACCAGCUUCA